AUGGAAUGCUAUAAAUCUGUGGUGGCUCGCAGGCUGUUUCUCCUGGACCCCACAGACGACAUAAGUCUUCAGUCGGGUAGUCGAUCUGAGUUCGAUGAUCUAUGGAGACCAAAAGCCCUAGACUGGCUCCUAGCGUGGAUGGAUCUAACUAUUUUAAUGAACGUUGCUAUCUUGACGGAGGAAGUGGUGGAUAGCAUUACGGACCAUCCGAUCGGUGAGUCACAGACCUUGUUAUCCACGUUAUCCAUAGGGAACACUUCAGGUGUGGAGGUGGUUGUCAAUAUUAGCGAUAAAGACUGGGUUUAUAAUGUCUAG